AGUCUUUUUCAAAAGCUAAAUUUUGGCGUUGCAGAUGCAACCUGGCUAGAAAUUAAGAGUUGCAAGUCAUGUUCUUGGUUUUUAUUUGUUGGGAAAUAUAUUAAUUCAUGUUAGGCUCCCAAUGCCUACUAACCAUAUAGGCGAAAGGGGGCCAAAAAAAUAGGCCUUUUCUUUUUUCUUUUAACCGCGAGCGAGGACUCCCCUCUGAGGCGAAGGCUUCCCUCUGAGACGACUCCCUGUCCGCCCUUCCUUUUUUUUGUCCGAACCCGUCACUGGAUUCACUUCUUUUCUGUUGUCCUGUCCGUUGCUGUCGUCGUUCGCUUCCGUUUCGGGUUGCGACCGGAGGCGCCCUUGGUUUGGUCUCGGAAGAAAACUUAGCCUCGCCGUAUCGUCUUCUCAGAUACAUCACCUCAGCAUUGUAGUGUUUGGCGCAAAUAAAUUUGGUUAGUUUUCUGUUGUGGCUCUCCUUGCUGGAGUAGUUGGAGGUACAUGGCUUCCACUACAAGAUGGUUCUCUUUGUUUCUUGAGUCAACUUUUUGGCGUGUGAUGGUUAUUCUCAGCCACGCCCAAACUGGAGUGUGAAUGUUGUUAAUGAUGCCCUAAAAGAAAGAACCAUGGAACAUGAAUUUGAGAAGAGAUUUCCAGCUGAUCCUAAAGAUUACAAAUUGUAUGAGGAAGUUGGAGAAGGUGUCAGUGCCACCGUGUACAGGGCUCUCUGUAUUCCGCUUAACAAAAUAGUUGCUAUCAAGGUUCUUGACCUUGUGAAGUGCAAUAAUGACCUGGAUGGAAUAAGGCGUGAAGUACAAACUAUGAGCUUGAUCAAUCAUCCAAAUGUCCUACGUGCUCAUUGCUCUUUCACAGCAGAGAACGACCUAUGGGUUGUGAUGCCUUACAUGGCUGGUGGAUCUGCCCUUCAUAUAAUGAAUUCUGCUUAUCCAGAAGGUUUUGAGGAGUCAGUUAUUGCAACUCUUCUACGCGAAGUUCUUAAAGCCCUUGUUUAUCUCCAUUCUCAUGGGCAUAUCCACAGAGAUGUGAAGGCCGGGAAUAUCUUAAUCGAUGCUAAUGGAGCUGUUAAGCUUGCAGACUUUGGUGUCUCAGCAUGCAUGUUUGAUACUGGAGAUCGGCAACGGUCAAGAAAUACAUUUGUGGGGACUCCUUGCUGGAUGGCUCCUGAAGUAAUGCAGCAGCUACAUGGAUAUGAUUUUAAAGCAGAUAUUUGGUCAUUUGGCAUAACUGCACUAGAACUUGCCCAUGGCCAUGCUCCAUUUUCCAAGUAUCCUCCAAUAAAGGUGUUGCUUAUGACCUUACAAAAUGCACCUCCAGGUCUUGACUAUGUUAGGGACAAAAGAUUCUCAAAGUCUUUCAAAGAGAUGGUAGCUACCUGCUUAGUGAAGGAUCCGAAGAAGCGUCCCACUUCAGAAAAGCUUUUGAAGCAUCCUUUCUUCAAACAUGCUCAUUCAAAUGAAUAUCUUGCACGGACUAUUCUUGAUGGCCUGUCUCCACUUGCUGAUCAUUGUAGGGAACUGAAGGGAAAAGAGGCCAAUUUUCUCCAACAGAAUAAGCUUGUAUGUGGUGAUAAGGAGCAACUGUCACAGAAAGAGUACAUACGUGGAAUCAGCGCUUGGAACUUCAAUCUGGAGGACUUAAAAACUCAGGCUGCUCUUAUUGAGUCUUCAGAUGACAUAGUCAGCUCAGAAGAUGUAGAUAAUAAACACAAGCUUAAGGAUGGCUUUGAUGGUGUCGAUUUUUCACAAGAGGUUCUGUCAUCUGAAAGGGUUAACCAUUCUAGCACCACAAGUUCUAGGGAGGGCGGACUAGCAGAUCUUCAAGAUUUGGACGGUCCAUUUGCUUCCGCAUUUCCUAUUCGUCCUCUUCAGGAAUUCAAAGUUUAUUUUGAUGUUUGCGAGGACGAUACCAGUGCUACCAGUCCUGAUUGGAAGAGGCAGUCAAAUUCAGAGUCCAUACUCCCUUUGCAGCAGUCAUUACUGGCAGAAGAUGUCAAAUUUCACAAGCAUAAUGGUGAAAUUAUGGAAAGAAGUAGUUCUGUACCUGCAAAUAUCAACAUUCUUGGACACCAGAAAUUCUCAAGUGGUUCCCUUUUACCAGAGCAUGUUCUUUCUCCUUAUAGAAACAAUACUGCGGAGAGUGACAGGGAUGAUUUACAGCGGAAAUUUCAGCCUGAAAGGAACCAUAGUGGUCCCCUGUUACACUGUCAAUUCAAAGAUCCACAUAAAGUAUCUGCAUUGUCUCAUGAGGAAUCAUCAGAAGGAAAAGUUGUCCAACAUAAGGGGCGGUUCAAGGUUACAUCUGCUGAUGCUGGUCCCAAGUUUUCAGGGAAGGAGCGGGAGGGGGGUAGCAAUGAUAACAUACACCUAAUUUCUAAUUACUGAUUCACGAAUCAUGAUGGGUCAUUUACUUGCCUCAAUUAAGUUGAUGUUAAAUAAGUUUGGUAGCACCUUUAUUCUCACUUUCUAGCAAAGUGCAGCAUAAAUGGAUCAAAUGGGAUGGACUUGAUCAAGAUCGGGAUGCUACAAGUAUAACUAAGUAUCGAGCUUAUAUUACAAGUGGAGGACCAAGGAAGAAUGGGUUAUUUUAUUAAAGAUUUGAAAGAAUCUUUAAUAGGUACUAUGCCAGAAAAAAAUUCCAGACUGGAAACCGGGUCAAGGUUUGCCUUAUGGGACAGCUUGCUUCUGCAUACAUCCAAAAACAAAUUAAACACGUCAAAUUUCUUUAGUCUAGUAGAUAUAAUUGAUGUGUGUAUCAAAUUUUGUUGCUUUAAAAGUAGAGGACCUUGGAAUAGAACCAUGUUGCAGAAUAAUUUAUGGCUAUUCUCUGAAUUGUGUGGGGGACCUGAGAUAAUCUCACUGAAGGAAUAGCUUCUGCAGCCAGGACAUUCCUAUGGAAGUCCGACAGAGAUUAUUGAGGACAUCUGUUUGCAGUCCUUUCGAAAAAUGAACAAAUAAACUUUUGCUGGCUUUCAGUUUUGAUCAUAUACUGCAAAAAUAAAGUGGUUUCACUUAUUAUAUCAAGAUUUUGGGUGAGUAAAAAAAAUUUUGAGGCACUUGACAAGUCAUCUUGUAAACUUGUCAAUUGCUUUGGCUUUGGUUAUAUCAUUGUAUUUCUUUUAUUUUUUUUCUUCUUUGAGCAUUUUUCUGUUUGAACCUUUAAGAUGAGAAAAAAAA